ACUAAUCAUCCAUUGUUGAUCGAAUAACUAAUCAGCGAGAGCAAGUCCAAGCUUGCCUUUUGGCUUGACGUUACUUAUGAACGACAGGCCAAAUUACGUAGGGGAUCCGACGGGUGGAAGCAGGGACGGAUCGCCCACGAGGGAGCUUAUAAGGAAAUGCCCCUGGCACCUUGCAGUGAGAAGAGCAGCCUACGACUGCGAUAAUUGACAAAGAUCACUAUAGUAAGAGAAACUCAUAAAUCUCAAAUCACUCAAAUAUCUCAAUAUGGCAAACCGCCGCAUCUUCGUCAUUGGUGCCACUGGUGCCCAAGGCCUUCCCGUCUGUCGAGGACUUGCCAAGGACGGAGGCUACAGUUUGCGUGUAUUGACACGUGACUCCAACUCUGCGAGGGCGAAAGAACUCUCGAAACUCGGAGAUGUUGAGUUUAUUGAGGGAACUUUCGCUAACGAAAUCGACCUGCGCAAGGGAUUCGCCGGGUGCUGGGGUGCUUUUGUCAAUAUCGAUGGCUUCAACUGCGGCGAGAAGACAGAGACCUACUGGACGAUCCGCUGCUACGAGCUAGCGGUGGAGCUCGGAAUCAAGUUCUUCGUCUUUGGAAAUCUCGACUACGGUUAUAAAAAAAGUGGCUACAACCCAAAGUUUCGGUGCGGACACUACGACAGCAAGGGGCGUCUGGCCGAGUGGAUGCUGCAGCAGAGAAAGGGCAACGACAUGGGUGUCGCUAUCUUCACUACCGGCCCUUACAUUGAAAUGACGAUCUCUUCCAAAACGAUCAUGACGCCACGGGUCGAAAACGGGAUUGUUACAUGGAGAGUGCCUCUUGGUGCCGGCGCAGUCCCGCACGUUGCCCUUGAUGAUUGCGAACAUUAUGUCCGUUGGCUUUUCGACCACCCCGAAAGAUCGGAUGGAAUGGACCUAGAAGUAGCCGUCGACCAUAUUCACUACGAAGACUUGGCAAAGGCGUUUGAAAAGGCCACGGGAAAGCCAGCCCAGUAUGUUGACACUCCCAUGGACGUCUACUUCGACAACUUCCCAAUCUCCAGCCAACCUGCGGGUUACAACGCCGAUCCCACGGACCCGGCGACUAUGUCUGUCAGAGAUAACUUUUCGGGUUUCUGGACAAUGUGGACGAACUCUGGGGACAACAAAGGCGUCAUUCAACGUGACUACGCGCUCUUGGACGAGAUUCACCCAAACAGAAUCAAGACAGCGGAGGAGUUCUUCCGCAGAGAGAGCGAGAAACGUCGUCUUGCUGGUCUUGGGGAGCUUUUUGAAGUCAUUGAGGCGAACAAUCUUGCAUCCAUUCUGAAGCUUGGCGAGGAUAACCGGAAGGGGAAAUUGUAGUUGAUUAGAUGGGGAUUGAGACUUAGGUAGCAAAACUGUUGAGAAUAUAGCAGUUCACUCACUUUGAGCAAGCAAUGAAUAUCGGUAUCUUCAGGCUCCAG